GCUCCAACAACACCUGCCCCACUAGUGCCUAACAGUAAUGUGACAAUUCUUAAUGCCUCUAUUACUAGAACUGAAUGUGGCAGGAAACAGCUGUGUGCAGCUCAGCCCUCUGGCUGUGACCCCUCAAACGGGACAUGUUUCUUCCUUGGUGCCCAAGCGCUUGGAGGUCAAAAUUUUAUGUUUGACCUUGCAGGAGAAUCAGACGGCUACAUUGCUGCCACGCUGUCACGUAACACACAGGGAGUCAAUGACACAACCUACAUCUGUGCAAAUAACAAUGGUGUAGUCAAAUUCUUCAGUGCUCUUCUGAACAACGGCAAGCUGACUCGCACACCGCUUAAAGUCAACACUGUGAGGGGCAAAGUCAGUGGAAAGAACAUCCAGUGUCAGUUUGCUGCCACAGUACCAGACUCUAAUAGCACCACAACUAGAGCAGACACAAGCACUACAAGUUUCUCAAUGUCAGUCUCCACUGGAACUUACAAUGCCAGUUCUGAUGGUCUGGGAAGCCCUACUGCCAAGAUAACAACUGGUGUGGUAGACCUGGCAAAUGUUAAUGCCACUAUCAAUAAUCAGAUUAAUUCCAACACCACAGCACCACCCAACACGACUGCAGCUCCAACAACACCUGCCCCACUGGUGCCUGACACUAAUGUGACAAUUCUUAAUGCCUCUAUUACUAGAACUGAAUGUGGCAGGAAACAGCUCUGUGCAGCUCAGCCCUCUGGCUGUGACCCCUCAAACGGGACAUGUUUCUUCCUUGGUGCCCAAGCGCUUGGAGGUCAAAAUUUUAUGUUUGACCUUGCAGGAGAAUCAGACGGCUACAUUGCUGCCACCCUGUCACGUAACACACAGGGAGUCAAUGACACAACCUACAUCUGUGCAAAUAACAAUGGUGUAGUCAAAUUCUUCAGUGCUCUUCUGAACAACGGCAAGCUGACUACUUUUACACCCCUUAAAGUCAACAAUGUGAGGGGCAAAGUCAGUGGAAAGAACAUCCAGUGUCAGUUUGCUGCCACAGUACCAGACUCUACUAGCACCACAACUAGAGCAGACACAAGCACUACAAGUUUCUCAAUGUCAGUCUCCACUGGAACUUACAAUGCCAGUUCUGAUGGUCUGGGAAGCCCUACUGCCAAGAUAACAACUGGUGUGGUAGACCUGGCAAAUGUUAAUGCCACUAUCAAUAAUCAGAUUAAUUCCAACACCACAGCACCACCCAACACGACUGCAGCUCCAACAACACCUGCCCCACUGGUGCCUGACACUAAUGUGACAAUUCUUAAUGCCUCUAUUACUAGAACUGAAUGUGGCAGGAAACAGCUGUGUGCAGCUCAGCCCUCUGGCUGUGACCCCUCAAACGGGACAUGUUUCUUCCUUGGUGCCCAAGCGCUUGGAGGUCAAAAUUUUAUGUUUGACCUUGCAGGAGAAUCAGACGGCUACAUUGCUGCCACCCUGUCACGUAACACACAGGGAGUCAAUGACACAACCUACAUCUGUGCAAAUAACAAUGGUGUAGUCAAAUUCUUCAGUGCUCUUCUGAACAACGGCAAGCUGACUCGCACACGUUUGAUAAAUGAUCAUUCUGCCUAUCUGCCUUAUUCUACCUAA